AUGUCUGGUCGCGGCAAAGGUGGCAAGGGUCUGGGCAAAGGAGGAGCCAAGCGGCAUCGCAAGGUUUUGCGUGACAACAUCCAAGGCAUCACGAAGCCGGCAAUUCGCCGUCUUGCUCGUCGUGGCGGUGUGAAGCGUAGCUCCGGUCUGAUCUACGAGGAGACCCGCGGUGUUCUCAAGGUGUUUCUAGAGAACGUGAUUCGCGACGCUGUGACGUACACGGAGCACGCGAAGCGUAAGACGGUGACAGCUAUGGAUGUGGUGUACGCACUGAAACGCCAAGGCCGCACUUUGUACGGUUUCGGUGGCUAGAGAAAAGAACUGACCACCAGGUCCGCACGAGAACG